UGCGACCACAAGACAUCAAAACAAGUCGAGCGCGCUGUGUCAAGAUCCCUCGACUUUUUAGCCUUGUACAACGACAGCGCAUGCAUGACGGAUAACGCACAAUUUCACGACUGGGUCUUGCGGGCCUAUUAGGCUUGGACUCUCUUUGAUUGCUCAUGAUGAGCGACAACGGUCUUCAGCGGUUUGGGCAUACAUCUUCCGAGGACGCGGAUCCGGACAACUCUCUCCCUUGCAUUCCAACCAUGGCGACACCAUGCUGCUGUGGGAACGACGACUGCGCAUUCCAGCAGGAGAACAACCAAGCCUUUGCGUUAUUGGACGAAAACCUGCGCAGGGCUGGCCAGGUUGGCAAGGCCCUUCUAGUACGCCAUGAAGCCUAUGUGGCCGAGGCCGAAGAGCAAAAGGCUCUGAUGGAUGCUGAGAUAACACGCAUGACGGCGGAAAAGCAACAAGCAGAAGCAAAGAACUCGAGUCUGAUUGAAGAGAAUCGCAACUUACUUGACCAACUCGAAGGCCUCAACAAUGUCGUCGUCGAGUCGGAUGCCCACACAGAGUCUCUCAUUGGCCAACUACUUUCCACCCAAGCCGAACUACUCCGACUAAGUACUCUCGCCGCCCGCACCGAAAGACUGGAACGCGAAGUCGACGAGUACGAACAAGAACAAGCUCUCCUACACGCCUCUCUCACCUCCAAAGUCGAGUCUGAACGCUCAGCAACUCUGCGAUGGCAGGAGGCUGAGAGGAAGUUGGCUGUGAUGGAGGAGCAGCUGGACAGGAUCGAACGCGAGGCAAGAGACGACAAAGAACGACAUGUCGAGAUUGUUGGACGCAUGGAGCGCCAGCGUGUGGUGGAGAAGGAAUUGGAGACGUCUGCUGGACGUCUCAACGGUGCUGCAUCUGCUAAGACGGCAAGGCAUGGCAGCACUGUCGUCUCCCACUUCGUCAAGGACAUUCUCCAGGACAACGUCAACCUGCAAGCCGGCAUCGCAGAGCUACGUGAGAUGCUCGACAACUCAAACGAGCAGGUCGAAGUCCUACGAGAUCAGCUUGCCCAGUACACUCCCACAGACAUGGCUUCCGAUACCGAGUCACCUGCACCAUCGACACGCCCUCCCAACUUGGACAACGAAAUGAAACGAGCUAGCUCUCAAGAAGUCCAUGUCCACCACCACUACCACGCUCCUGCUGAACAUUCUCGAAAGGCAAGUCUCACCCUCCGACGACCGAAGAAGAAGCGCAACGUCCUCGCUUCCGGUCUCUUCACUCCCUCCACAGGCUCGCGUACCCCGCGAACUUCAAUAUCUGCAGCCAGCCCGUAUACCCCCUCAUCCACGGCCGCCAUUCUUUCACAAACGGCCGCAAGCAUACCUCACAGAAACGUCAAUCGUUGGUCCAUGCAGUCUCACAUGACCACCAGUUCCAUGCUCAGCUCGCCCCAGUCUAUUUAUCCGCCAUCAUCAAUUUGGGAUCGGGAUGAUUCCCUCAUAGACUCGUCUCGUCCGACUACACCGGAUAGUGAGGCGCCGAGCUCCCCUUAUUAUAUUUCCCACCAGUCGAAAAGAUCCUCCACAGGCUCGUAUUUUCGUGCCUUAUCACAGCCGGCCUUUCGUGAUGGCGCUUCAGAUCGCUUUGAAGAUCAUGAUCAGUCAUCCUACAACUUUUCUGCUGAAAGUCAAGGAUGGACUGAUGAUCAAGCAGUUGCAGGAGGUCAUGGUGCAAUUCUUGAGGAAGACGAAGGGAAUCAUCUGGAUUCUACUAUGUCAUCAGUUGAUGAGAGUCGUCCUCAUUUGCCUUCUUUCAUUGACGACACUGAGAUCUCGACUUAUACUCGGCCGACAAUCUUGGAUGAAAGCAUUUACUCACGCCCUCGGCAUCGCCGGGCUGCUUCGCAUGAAUCCUUAAUUUCAGUGUCAGGCAUGGAUAUCCAUACCCUGCAAUCUCGGCCUUCGCAGCUAUUGACUGCUCAGAGUUCGAGAUCGUUCUCAUCACAAGCCUCCGUCACGGCCACUCUUUCCUUGGCGCAUGCUGCCAGACCUGCAUUAAUAUCACGGACGUCAAGCAAUAGCCGUAGUAUAUUACAAGGAGUGGCGGCUGAACACAAGGCUUCCAGCACCCCGCCAAAAGGUCUUGGCCAGAGAAUGGGAGGAUGGGUGUUUGGCAAGUGGGGUUCUACUCCUACCCCUACAGUCACCGUGUCUGCGCCCAUGGAUCACAUCAAAGUUGACAAGAAACGCAUGUCAACAACAGCCAGCAAGCUACGACCCCCAGGCAUCAACCAAGCCGGUCCCAUUUUUGGCUUCGGGCCGGAACCACAACUCCCUCGCGAGCCAAUCCUCAAGACGCUGAAUGAGGAGGAGUUGUGGGAAUGCUUGAACGAAUGAUUUCCCUCACCACGUUUCAGUCCUUACGCUUUUCCUUGAUCUUCUAUUCUCCUUCAGCGACGGCGCUAUCCACAUGCCUGUCCCCUCAUCUUCCUUCUAAUCUUUCUCCAUUUUGUACAGCGGGCCUCGCCAAGGUGGAUAUCUUCUCAUGUUAUUUUCUUCGAUACCCCAUUACGUUUAACUCCGGAUCUUGAGUUUCUCCAUCCUACUUUGGAAGAAUAGGCUUGGUGGUUUAGCCAUCAAAUCAUCACAUAUAUGCUUGUUUACUUCUCUCUUUUACUCCGCACUUGAUCUCUUUUCAUCCGAAUUUUGCCUAAGUGACUCUUAAGCACGUAGCAGGAUUGCUUGGUGUCGCUUGAUUAUUAUGCUUCGUGAUGCUAGUGAUGCUCGUU